GUUCAUUCUUUUUGCUUUGACAAUGGGCUCUAUCACUCGUGAAGAUGGAAAUCCUACAACAAGCCAAGAUGUCAUCACUUUCGGGGCUGGGCCGUCCAAAGUGCCUCGUGUCGUAAGUUUUUUGUAUUGCAAUGACUCCGUCUAUGUAAAACCUUCUAAAACAGUUCUUGAACGAAUACAGAAGGGGUUUUCCAACUGCGCUGAUAGUGGUAUCAGUGUCAUAGAAGUUGGGCAUCGAAGCAAAGAAUUCGUCGAUAUACUGAGGAGUUGCGAAGCCCGUAUUCGGCGGCUGCUAAACGUUCCGAGCAACUAUCAUGUACUUUUCCUUCAGGGUGGCGCUCAAGCACAGUUUGACGCGAUUCCAAUGAACUUGAUGGGGAACCAAGGAGUAAACCAGGCGGACUACCUGGUAACUGGAGCUUGGUCCCUAAAAGCACUGAAAGAGGCCCAAAAAUAUGGGACGAUUCGUGAGGUUUGUCCACAAGAACCGGGCUUUUCGUGCAUUCCCGAUCAGUCUACCACGCAGUAUGAUCCAUGUGCGGCCUACUUCUACUACUGUGACAAUGAAACAAUGAAUGGAGUUGAAUUCAACUGGAUUCCCGGACCGAAAGAAGGCCAAGUACCAAUUGUUUGUGACAUGUGUAGUAAUCUUCUUACUCGCCCCAUUGACGUCAGUCGCUAUGGUGUGAUCUUUGCUGGUUCACAAAAGACUAUGGGUUGCGCUGGUCUCACUCUGGUCAUUAUCCGCGAAGAUUUGGUCGGUGGGGAACUCUCAAUGACGCCAAGUAUCUUGAACUAUCGUAUGCAGGUCGCAGCUGGUUCUAUAUUGAAUACACCACCUACAUUCACUUUAACAUUCAAUCUUUUUUCUGUGGUUCACUAUUUUCCGACUGUCUCUUAUACUUUUUUCAGUGCCUAUGCAGUCAAUGAAGCGCUUCGAUGGGUUGAGGAAGAGGGUGGAGUAGAGGUAAUGCAGAGGAGAACGCAAGAAAAAUGUGACGCAAUCUACUCCUUUAUUGAUCACUCCGAGGAAUUUUAUCACUGCCACGUUCCAAAGGCCCAUCGGAGCCGCGUAAACAUUGUUCUGCGUCUACCGUCCGAGGAAUUGGAAAAGCUGUGGCUAGCUGAGGCUCGCCGGCAUGGUCUCAUCGGAUUGGAAGGCCAUCGUACAGUUGGAGGUGUGAGAAUCUCUCUGUACAACGGGAUCACCAUGGAUGACGUGGAAAGACUAUUGGACUUCAUGGGAAAGUUUAUGAACGCGCACAGAUA